AUGGAGGAGUCCGAACCCAAGCGUAGGAGGGUUUCCCCACGCCUCAGCAGCCAGCGCGACGGCGACGAUAACGACAAUAACGAGUCGACCACACCCCCCGACCCUCCUCCGCCACGGAGUAGGAUCCCGAGAAGACCGUCCUUCGCGUCCCCGACAAGAGCAAGCCUCUCCCGAACAAACCCCGACAUCCUGCGACGCAGAAGUAGGAGCCAGAGCCCAGCAAAGGCCACCGGCAAUAGUAACCAGUCCGCACAACCCGCACGCGAUGUCGCCCGAGCGGGGUCAGCCGCACCGCUCGAGGGCCAGGCCGAACGGUUUCUAGAAAAGGGACCUGCGCGCCCGAGAAGCAACAUGUCUGGAUCGACCGCCGUCGAAUCCCAGAACUUGGGCUCUCCCGCACGACGAAUGCCAGGAACUGGGCUCAGCGGUGCAAUGGCGUCUAGACCUCGCCGGUCGGGCGGCCUGCCGAAUCCCAGACCACUCCCCGACCCUGGCCCAGAAGAUGAAGAUUUCAACCCAUUUGCCGGUCGUAUUCUGAACCGGACACCGCCGAGGGGAGUUCUUCCCGCAAGAGCACCGUCGCCCGAACCAGAGCCAGACCAGGAGCCUGAACUCCCACCGACGCCGACGCAAAAGGGACAACCCGACCCUGUGGUCACGACGCCACCUUUGGGCAUCCACGACACUCCUUCGAAACGGAGACGGCGAACCACUUCACCGUCUAAGAGCUCUCCACUGAAGCAACCACCUCUCCGCCCACCCGAGUUCACUCAGCCAUCAAAGGACCCGUUGAAGAAGGCCAUGCAGCGUCCCCCACGAGCCAAGAGCCCGACAAAAACGGUGCGGAAGACGCGCUCAAGCAAAGGUCCUUCGGGAACGCACAAAGCUCGUGGAAUCCCAGUGCCGGAUCCCAACUUUGAGCUUAAGCAGACACGAGACACGCUGCAGGCCGAGAUUGCGAAGCUCGAGACGGAUCUGGAGUUCGCCGCUACCGAGAACGACCGUUUGCAUAUGGCGCAGUCCCUGCGGUCUGGUGUGUUUCGGCCUCUAUCCCCGUCCCGCCGUGAGCAACUACUGGACUUGCUGCAACGCCAUUUAGUAACUCCAGAAAAGGAGACAAAGCCGGAUGCGGCGCAGCAGUGGUUCGAUCUGGCGAUGAACCCGACGUCCUGGUUGUCGUUUGGAUCUCUGGGGCAGACUCAGCUGCUUUCUUCCCACGAGAAGGAAGUGGACCUCCUUCCGACGUCGCAUCACCCAAUUGCACUAUCGGCCGUAGAUGAGCUUCCGUACCUACAGGCCUUCACACCAUUUCAGUUCUCAGGGACGACGGUCAUGCUUCCAAAAGAAAACCCCGAGGAUCCCUUGUUGCGAAGACACCACAUCGUCCUUCGAUCUGUACACCCUGCGGGGCUCUUUAUGGCCAAGAUCGAAAUGACGGUCGACACCGAAAAGCUGCAGAUCAAGGAGCUCAGCGUGCCGCGCCUGGAUCCUGCGGCUGUCGCAGAAGUAGGGCCGUUUGUCCAAAAGGUCACUGGAGGAGGAUCCAACACCCACAUGGAUCGGAAUAUCAGCAUUGUCACUUGGGCAAUGGCAGAGUGGUAUCGCAUCGCGGUCGAGCGCGCCAACAUCUGGCAUACCUUGGACAGCGAGCUCGGCGACAAAGAGAAGCUGAUACAGAGCGUGACGAAAAUACGUACGAGGCGGAAGAAGCGCAGGAGAAAGGACGACGACGCAAACGACCCAGAAGGAGAUGACGGGGUCACGGAGAAGAACCGUAUCGAAGACUUGCCUCGAGCGUCGUUGUUGUCUCAUCUUGGAAGGACCGCCUACGAGAUUCCCAUCCCGGGUGCUGUCAAGGAAGACACGUCGUGUCUAAGAAUACAGUGGAGGAUCGGUUUCGACUGGACUGGCGAGGCGCAGAGCAAAGUUGGGCUGAUGAUUGGCAUGCCCGGGAAAUGGCAUCUGGGCGAUAAGCGCGGGUCACUGGCCGCGGCGUCUAAAGUGUUUGAAAGACUUGUUCAGAGUGACGAAGGGCCGAUGACGGCUGUACGAACCGUUGUUGCGUUGCUGGCGGGAGAUGCAUUGUCUUGA